AUAGAACGGGACAUCAACUCAGCCAAAAUCACAGCCGUCCAAUCCACGAGAGUCCACAGAUCCGACGGCUGAAUAGUCCCCCAAAAGCUAGCUAGCGCAUUCAAAAUUAACUACCAAACCGGCGCCAACUCCCAACCAAUGGCAACCUGCCACGUAACACCACUCCAGUAACCGCCCAAACGUCUCCACAGUGAUCUGUUAAUGAAACGUACCGCUGAGAUUUGCCCGGUUUGCUCUGAAGCUCGACGGCGUCCGUCCGAUCUUUCAACCGGUUCCCAGAACGAAGAAGAGACUGAAAUGACCGAUCAGUCCUUAGCUAUAUAAACCAGGGCAGCCAUCAUUCUUGUGAUUACUCACAAGCUCAAGGCCUUUUUGGUCAUUAACCAUCUCAUGCCAAAGAAGAUCGCAUCAUCGGCGCCAUUGCUUAGCUCGUGGUUGGCAUUCGGAGAGCGAGGGAGCUAUCGAGAAAGAAGAGAGAUCGGAGAUGCCGAUGGCGGCGAUCUCCGAUCUGACGGCGGGGAAGAAGCGGAUAGCCAAGAUCUAUGGUCUGCACGGGUUCCUCGGGCCUGGAUGCCCCAAGAGCUCCUUCGCGGGGGCGUUCCGGGACAACAUCCGUGAGUUUCUUCGAGAGUGCGGGGAGGUGGAGGAGAAGGCGACGGAGGGGAUGCCGACGUGGUGCACGCUACUCGUUGAUGAGAGGACCGGCGUCGUGGCACCGCUCUACACCGUUGAGGAAUGCGUCAGCCGAUCGCCUCGCCCUUUCUGCGACUACUGCCGCAGCGCCGGUUGGAGUCACCACCUGGUAUCGAAGAGAAGGUACCACAUGAUAAUCCCAUGGGACGAGGACUGGGACAAGCGUGGCCUCCAACCCACCGCCCUGCACCACCACAACCAUCUCCUCCACGGUCUCAUCCACUGCAAUGGCUUCGGCCACCUCCUCUGCAUCAAUGGCUUUCCCUCCGGUUCUCGCUUCCUCUCAGCCUCUCUUCUCAUGGACCUCUGGGACCGUCUCUGUUCCUCUCUUCGCGCACGAGUGGUCUCGGUGGAGGAUGUGGCGAGGAAGAAGACGAUGGAGCUGCGUUUGCUCCUCGGCGUCGCUCAUGGUGUCACCUGGUUCGGCCGUUGGGCCUAUCGCUUUGCUACUGGCUCCUAUGGCAUUGAUUACCAUCUCUACGACCGCGCUGUUCAUCUUCUUGCGCACCUUAAUCUCGAUUAUCUCGUCUCUUCCAACCCCUCCAACCACAACCUCUGCCGCAUUGUUCACUCUUACCGCAGGCUCCGCCGAUCAUACCGCGAGACAACCGAUCUUUACACCGUCCGUGACCUCCUCCAGUUCCUUUUUGACAUCAAGCGCAACCCGGUUGCGCGGCCAGUAAACCGAUCAACCCGAAGCCACUGCAGCCGCAGACCGCCGACAUCACCGCCGGCGGAGGCGAGGAAGAAAGCGGCGAGGAAACGGUACCGAGACUUCGCAUUGGUCGCGGCUGAAUUGGCCAGCCGAUGGCCGGUGCGGCGAUUGUGCACGGUGGCAGGGGUAGUCGUAGACGCUCUGCGGGAAAGCGGUGGGAAGCUAACCCGUCAGGAGGUGCGCGACGCCGCUCGCCUCGAGAUCGGUGACACUGGCCUCAUCGACUUCGUCCUCAAGUCCCUCGGCAAUUGCGUCGUCGCCGGCUCCCUCAUCCGUCGAUCACCCAAUCCCUCCACCCGAGUGCUGGAGUUCUCCAUCGUCGAAAACCCAGAUCGAGCGUCUUCAGACGAGGCUGAACUCAGCGUUGAUCUCACCCAGCCGGGUGCUUGGCAGGUGGACCAGGAUAUCGUCAGUGUCUACAAGGCAUUGAUCGAGACGAGGCCAGAGGAAACAAGAACGGUGCUGGACUGCAAGCAUUGGGUGAAGACAUGGGAACUUAGGGAUAACGAGGAUGAUCUACUGAGGUUUCACGUGGCGUGGGAGCCGGAGGACGGGGAGAAAUGGGCGACGACUCGGGAGCCACAUCCAACGGAGGUGGUAGUGGUGGCGGCGCACGCAGGAGUUGGUGAGCUGAAGGCUGAGGCGGAGAGAGCCCUGAGAGACACGUACUGUGUGCUGGGAUGGUUCAGGGUGACUGGGAUAGAAGGAAUCAAAGGUGAGGACUGGGAUCCGGUGAUGCUCGGUGGGGCAGAGAGCGGGGCGACGCUGGCAGUGCGCGGGGUGGGAGCGGACUUGGGCUUGGCGCUGAGGUACGAGGGCGGGGCCAACGCGUGGGCUGUGGGUUGCGCGUGCGGAGCCAGGGACGAUGAUGGGGAGCGCAUGGUGGCGUGCGACGUGUGCGAUGUGUGGCACCACACGAGGUGUGUCGGUAUCCGAGAUGGGGAUCCCGUGCCGCCGCUGUUCCUCUGCGCGCUGUGUGGGAGCUCGUUGCUUGGUGCUGCUGGGCCUGCUGCACCGUUGCCUAGUUCUGCUGUUUUCCGGAAUGUGAUGCUGGAUGAGCUGAGAAGAUAUGCAUGA